AUGGCGCCGGUCGACGUGGCCAUGCGGAGGAGUUUGAGGGCGGGCUUUUUGGAUUUGCUGACGAGGAGUAUACGACCGGUCGUGCAGCGGAGAAAUCUUGGGGACCAAAUCAACGAUGUGAAGACAGCCUUCUCGAGUUGGGACAACUGCAUGCAGGUCGCUUAUUGCAAGUGGCCCGUCAUUGGCCUCAUUAUCGCCGCCGGCCUGAUCAUCUUUGGAGUGACUUGGUGCAUUAUUCGGUGUGCCUGCUGCGGCCUCUCGUGCUGCUGCUCGUGCUUCAAGUGCCUCAAGUGCUGCGGCGACUGCUGUGGCUGCUGCGACCCUCCAAGAGGCAAUCGGCGCAAGUAUCUUGAUGAACCCUACAUACCACCAAACCAUGGAGGUUACAAGCCUCAACCGCCUAUGUUCGCAGGGUUUGGCGGCUCGGGGAAAGCUGCUGACGUUCCUCAGUAUGCCGAGUUUGACGUGAGCAAGCCCAAAGAUCCGGACGCCUUGCCGCAAAUGCCGACCUGGGAGAAGGCCGAGAGCAAGAAAGUUUUCCUAGAGGAAGAAGAAGAAGGGGUUGAAAUGAAUAACCUCAAGAAGCCAGAAGACAAUGGGCAAACCGCUGCUCCUCCAACUGGAGCGGUCCCCUCAAGAGCUGUCACUCCCGUGUCCCCACGUUCUCCGACUCAUCCGGUCCCGUAUGGUCCUCCUGGUGCGAACGCUCCCACCUCCAAUGAUCAAUACGGAACCGGACCAGGGGGCUACGGCUCAUAUGUCUCCCAGGGUGCGCCCGACUACAAUCAGCCCUCCAUGCCAUAUCCCGAGGAUGACCAAGGAUAUAGCAUGCCAGGGACAUCACGACACUCACCACAGUCUUACAACAAUAGCAGUUACAACAACGGCGCAUGUAGUAAUGGAUAUAGCAUUAGUGGCUACAAUCAAGGGUCGAGUGGUUACGACAACUAUGGCUCUCCACAGCAACAGCAACAACCCUACGACAACUAUGACAUUUACAAUGCCUAUGACACCCAACCGACCCAAGGCUACAGCACAGGAUACUCGCAGCCUACUAUUGACUUGAGUAGCACCAGCGUCUAUGGCGCCAACCCACAAUCUCCGGCGCCCUCACAGCAUGGGCCAUAUAACAAUCCCUAUAGCAGCGCGGAUGCACGCCGGUCACCCGCACCCCAAGGACCCUACGGCAACGGUUACGGAUCUCGGCACCAAUCUCCUGCCCCUCAAGAUUAUCCGGCACCUACGUAUUCUCAGGAAGCACGACGAUCUCCCGUACCGCGCAAUGUGCCUGCCCCUCUGUCACCUGGUGGCUCACGAUCGCAGGAUCCGCGCAUGUCGCCAGUCCCCAUGUCCCCUCGUUCUCCAGGCCCUAGAUCUCCUGCUCCCUAUGCGAGAGAGUACGGCGGCCAAAGCGGCAGUUUCGACAGCACUAACAGCAGCCAUCGCGCGUCGCCGUAUGGUCAAAGGCAGUACACCCCGGAUCCCACACAGCCACUGCGAGCUCCUCCGCCACAGCGGUCAUACACGGGCGAUUUUGAUUUUUCGACUUCCGGGCAUAGCAGGCCCACUGGGAAUGGAGCUUACGCGGAUUCGUUGUAUGGCGAUUCGACCUAUGCGAGUCAAGGGCAGGGGUCGAACGCCGGAACAAUGUAUCCCGGGUAUAAGCCGUAUCAGUCUUCAAGAUGA